AUGCAGGCACAGUCUCGUGUAUCAGAGCACUUGCCAACGUCCUUCCUCUCAUCCCCCUCCUCCUCCGUUGCCUGCGAGUCAACUUGCUCCCUGGAUGCACUGGAGCGCCUUGUGAAUUUCACCGGUGCAGGGGCAGAUGCGUGCCUCUACGGAGUGAAUCCACCACAAGUUGAAGGAACUACUUCGGCGGCGCUGACCGCCUCUGCCGAAGGGUUGCGCUACUGGCUGAACCCAUCCGUACGAGCACGCCAGACUACUGCCACGUGCGAGAUUACGAACCUGGGACCACCCUUCUUUGCUGCAACAUCGACGUCCGUGCUACGCAUCUCUGCCACCCCGCUCUUCGUCGAUGGCCGCUGUUUUCCCACUCGCUGCGUAGUAAGUCUGGCGACCAGCGCGCAACGGCUGGACGGGGUCUCGCUGCGGCCUGUCGUGGUAACAGAAUGGAAUUUGACUUUGAAUGGUGCGGUGAGUGUAUGCUCGACAACUGUGCCGUUGCGCACACUCUACCACCUCGUCGUGCUCAUCAGCUCGCCUGCGCCGGCGACAGACGUGAAAGAUGUACGCCUUUAUCUCCAGUUGCGCUUCAUGGGCUGCUCCGACGACUCUGAUACGCACCGGAUAGCAGCGCUGCGGCUGCGUUAUGAGCAACUAGGCCCCGCUGCCGAAGUGCUCCCGCAGCUCCUGCAACGGCGGCAGCGCUCGGCGGUGCGCAUGAUGCUUCCACCAUCAUCGCAUGACGUCACAGACUACAGCGGAGAUCGUGUCUCGAGAGCGAGGGCACUUCGUGAGGAAAUGGAAGUAGGCGUCGCUACAAGCAGCCGCACCUGUAGAAGUAGCGGGAAAGACGUCGUCGAGGGCGUCAGGGAGGAACACUUUAGCGAUGCAAAGGUACCGUGCACGCCCACGAGUCCUCUCCCCUCGACGAGGGUGAUGUCUGAUGGAAGUGAGGAUGCCACAGGGCAGGCGCAGAAACAGCUACUGCGCUCUCCGCCCCGGCGAUCAGCGACGAUGCCGCGCGCUGAGAGGUCGCUGAGCGCAGACCGAAGCAGCUCUUCCUGGAUGGGAGCUGUUGGCACUACUGAGGACCGAGAUGGUCCAAGACUUAUUCGUGUGGACCGCGUGCUACGCAUUCCACCCCCUCCACCGAAGCCAACCACCGCCGCAGGCUCAGCACCUUCAUUGUUUGGUAGCCCGUGGCCGCCACGCAAGGUGCGCACCAUCGUCCUGGCCCCCUCCAUCUCCCCCAGCCUCUGCUCAUCUUCCGCUGGCACUUCGUCCCGAGGUUCUUCUUCACCUUCGCCUCCCUCACGUCCUGUCAUGGAUACCUGCUCGAGCACUGAGUCGCACUCGCCAACUUCACUCACUAGCACACCGCGCUGCCGUGGAGCCGAGAGCCGUGAUAGGGAGGGCAUUGAAGAUGUCGGGGACAGCCUGAUGCCACCAGCGCAGCAGAACCUCCAGGGACGCUUUCUCGAGUCUACAAAGUCCGAAGAGCGCACCUCUUCUCCCGCGUCAGCGGUGGGGCCCUCCUCACAGAGGCGCCGGUGCCACGAGUCGUCCUCCGUGCUGCGGCACAUCUCCUCUGCAGAGGCUCAGGAGGUGGCAGAAAACAACCCUGAUACUCAUCCCCACCUGUUCGCGCCGCAGCAGCUAUGCAGCCGCUCAGACCCUGCUGUGCUGUGGGCUGCCACCUCGCUUCUGGGUACUCUGCCAUGUGCCCUGGUUAGGGGGUAUCAAAGCCGCAGCAGCACACCAGCUGCGUCGGUGGCGAGCAGCUGUGCGCCGUCGUGCAACCGCAGCGCUCGAGCGAUGUCGGCGGACUCUGGGAAAGAAGCAUCAUUCUGGCAGAUGCGGCAGUCAGCCCCUUCGAGGUCUUUUCUUGACUCGAGUGCGUGUGCGCACCACAGGGAUACACGACAGACGCCGCAACAGGAGACGUCGUGGAGGAGAACACCUCUCAGCACCUUAGACCCAAACACGAGCUCCCGUUGCACUGAACGGACGAUAAUGUCAAGGGCAGAUUCGGCUGCAAUGACGUGGACCUGCAGUGCAAAAGCCACGACCGCAUUCCUCCCACGGUGGCCGCGCGACGAGGGAACUCAUGUAUCACCACAGCUGCACCCGCCUCGUCCUUUCGCAACCGCGUCACCGUCUCACUCGCACCCAACACCGCUCAGUGGACCUUCUCUCCCUCUACAGGCCGUGACGCACGUGCCGUUGCACCGUCCCACCUCCGCCUUCGUUCCCCGGCUGCUGCUGCACUCUAAGCAACGCAGCCGCGAGGCCUAUGCCGCCUCCUCUACUCAGCGGGGAGAAGGCAUGAUCACCAUCAACCGUAGCAGCACCACCAGCAGCAGUACUGUGAGUACAACCACAGCAACGUCCGCACCGCCGCCAUAUCAGAACAGGAGUCUCUGGUCAAAGGCUGCCGCCCCUGUCAGCGCCACCUCGCCUCUCAAUGCCGGGCCGCGCCGCAGUGCGACUGCCGAUUCGCAUGUGCGACGAUGUGUGGACCGGGAUGCGUUUUCGAUGUCUUCUGCUGCACUUUCAUUGAUGCCGUCCUCGUGGCUGCGGGACAAUGCGAAUGUCUUGCUAGAAACCUCUACUGACGGCGCAGCUGAGAAGAACUUGAGGGGUCCUGUUGCGUCCCGGAGGAGCUCUCGCUCCUCCACUGCGCCCCCGCCGAGUCGCCGCGCUCACCACGUCCCUUCACUUACCCGCGCGGCUGUCAGCGAGCACCUGGAAGACGCUUUAUCAGUCGUAUCUGGAAGCAGCGCCCCGCUGCCGCCGCCAUCGGUGCCGCCACCGCAGAGCUGCGCACUGUUCCAAACGCCAGCAUCCACACAGGCAUCGCCGUUGCCCUCACCCUCUUCGUCAAACUCUCGCUCAGACACUGCACCGGUGCUGCCGCUUCAAGAAGCGCAUCAUAGAAGCUGCAAUCGAAACGGCCCACGGCAACGCAACCUCACUCAGUCUGGUGGCGUGCACAGUAGCAGCAAUGCGACAACUUAUGGGCACUGGGUGGUAGAGACGUUUGCCGUAUGGAAGCACCAUGCGUCGCGCAGAGGUGUUGGGCGUCGCUGGCUGCGCAUCGAGUGGCCGUCUCCUUCGCCUUCAACGUUGGCAGCAACUCGCUUCCGCAUUGCGCUGGACAAGGCACACCCAUCCAUGUUGACACGGGCCUCGGUGCUGCUAGGGCACGGCACCAACAGCAGCGGGAACAGCAGCACCCGUACCGCUAACCCGUCUUGUGAAGUGUGCAUACGGCAGGCGGACACGUUGGAGGUGUGGUGCGGUCUUCGCGCUUAUCACAGCGGAAUGAUUCACCAGAGCAAGGUGCACCGAGCAGAGUGUUGUUUGGUCAUCCGCUGCAACGCACAGUUGGUGACGGCGGUGGAGUUGGAAUCAACAGAGGCUUUGGAGGCAGUUCAACGUCUUCUUUCCAACCGCUAA